CAUUCGCCUUCGUGUUCGUUGCUUUUCUUGUUAUAACUAGUGCAAUUGCUGUACUCUCGCCCAUUUUGAUUCCGUUUGCUGGACUUUUUAUUCUGCUUAAAGUUAUGGAGACAUUUCGAACAGUUGAAGAUAAUCCCCCCGAAACGCUUCAAACUCUCCUCAUGUAUGAGAAAAACCCUGGUCAAGCGCAAAGGUUUCUUGGCGAGAACUUCAGGUGGCCUUCCUCGAUGCCAGAAUGUCAUAGAAGGGAUGCCCUCGUACAAAUCGCUGACGUUGAUCUCGAAUUUGAUGACGAUAUAGGGUUUAACCUUAUAUUUUUCUACAAUGCACUCGACAGAGGCGAGUUUUCUGGUCAUGAAAAUGAGUGGGCGACGGUGUACAACCAGAGAGUAGUAGAGUAUGGACAGCAGUAUAACGAUGAACAAUUGAACAGCGUUCUCGAAGCUAUGCCUAGUGCCAUCCAACUCCCAGUUGAUCAGACACGUCUGCCACGUAGUAAGCCGGCGAAGAUGGUGGUUGUUCAGCGUACUAAUAAUGGUGGCGACUACAAGUAUACAUCCGUGAUUGAUACAGGAGCACCAGAAACAAUAUCAAUGUAUGUUAAACAUAGGCUUGGAUGGAGUACAGCAUCAAACCUAAUUGCUGGAGGUUAUGGAGCACCUGCAAGACAAGUUUCCGCGCCUUCGUUUUUCGAGUGA